UACAUAGCUGCUUUUGCUCAAAGGAAUGGCUACAGCUUGUGGGCUGCUUUUCCUUUCCAAAAAUGUCUACAAGUUUAAUUAAACUUCUGGAAUAAACCAGUUUUGGCAGGAGACACCACCUUAUCAGCAGGCUGACUGCUUGCUUUCCAAGUGAAGAUGGGCAUUUUGGCUAUUCUAAUUCUCCCACUGCUUGUGGUUGGAAUUAGUGGAGUUGUAUACAUUUAUCGGAAAGUUACUCAGCUGAUGACAAAGUCUGCUGUGCGGAGCAAAGUUGUAGUAAUCACUGAUGCUCUCUCUGGUGUGGGCAAGGAAUGUACACAAGUAUUUCAUACAGGAGGAGCAAGGCUGAUUUUGUGUGGGAAACACCUGGACAAAUUAGAAGCUCUUUGUGAUGCUUUAAAUAGCGCGGCCGAUCCUACUGCAACAUUUACACCGAAGCUUAUCCUUUUAGAUCUCGCUGAUGUAAACUGUAUCCAAGAUGUAGCUAAAGAAAUCCUGGAUUGUUAUGGAUGUGUGGAUAUUCUCAUUAACAAUGCUAGCACAAAAGCCAAGGGGACAGUUCAAAACGUGUCACUGGAACUCGACAAAAAGAUCAUGGAUGCCAACUACUUUGGACCUAUAACACUCACCAAAGCUUUUCUUCCCAACAUGAUCUCCAGGAGAACUGGUCAAAUUGUGCUAGUCAACAAUAUCCAGGGAAAAUUGGGUGUUCCCUUUCGUGCAGCCUAUUCUGCUUCGAAGCAUGCUACUCUAGGAUUCUUUGAUUGCCUGAGAGCAGAACUGCAGGAAUUUGGUGUUUGUGUCAGUACUGUGUCUCCAAGUUUUAUAUGUUCCGAUCAUAAUCAGCCGCAGCCUAAGAACUGGGAAGGCGCCUCAUGGAAAAACUUCUUCAGAAAGUCGGCUUAUGGUGUCCGUCCAACAGAGGUAGCAGAAGAAAUUCUACGGACAGUGAACAGGAAGAAGCAGGAGGUGUUCAUGGCAAACCCCAUCGCAAAGGCAGCUGUUUAUAUUCGCACUUUCCUCCCAGAGAUAUUUUUUGCUGUGGUUGCUGCUGGAGUGAAAGAAAAACAGAAAAUUGAAGUUGAAAACUGAUACAUCAAGCUCAGCUCCCUUGAUAGAAGGGUUGUGCCGAUUCUCUCUUGCAGAGGCACCUUGGAAGAAUGUUGUAUAAAUCCAAAUGGAGCAAACAACAAACAAACAAAAAACCAAAGUUGUGUUUGAGGAUCUGGAGGCAGUAGAAUAAGAUACGGCCUUUUCAUCUAUCAUUAAAAGUGCACUGCUGGGCUAUGAAA